AUGUGGUUCAUCAUCCUGUUCAUCGUGACUAUUUUAAUUUUGAAAGUAUGCCACAGUUAUAAUCGACCGCAAAAAUUUCCACCAGGUCCUAAGGGGUUACCAUUAAUUGGAAAUAUCCUCGACAUAAUACGACUAGUAAACGAAACGAAAUUCUACGCGGAUGCCUGGUGUCGACUGGCUGAAAAAUACGGACCAGUAGUCGGUAUCAGAUUAGGUUUUGAUGAACCGAUGAUCAUUGUUUCUGGCAAACCGGCUAUCACGGAGAUGCUAAAUCGGGCGGAAUUCGAUGGGAGACCAAACGGAUUCCUAUUUAGAUAUAGAACCGGUGGCACUCGACAAGGAAUACUGUUUACGGAUACAAAUGUUUGGCAAAAUCAAAGAAGAUUUGCAUUGAAAACACUAAAGCAAUACGGUUUCGGGAAAAACUCGAUGGAAGAAAUGCUGAAACACGAUGCGAUCACAUUAACAAAUGUCGUUCUCGAGUUAACGAGAAGGGGUACGAUUAAAACAAUUAGCUCUGUUGUCUCAGCGGCCGUUUUGAGCAGCCUAUGGUUUCUGAUAGAUGGUACAAAAUUUGAUGUCGGAACGGAAGAUCCGAAUCUGGCGGAAGCGAUCAAUAUUUUACAAAGUCUCACAAGUAACUCAAGCGUUCCUGGCGGUAUUUUAAAUUAUUUCCCAUUCCUGAGACACCUGUUCCCAAAUUUAACAGGGUUCUCGGUAUUCGCUGAACGACAGAAACGCAUAAACAAUUUCUUCGCAGACGUAAUUACUAAACACAAGCGACACGGAAUCGACGACCAAUGUACAAAUUUUAUAGAUGCUUAUUUGAAAGAAAUAGAAGCGCAAAAAGAAUCGAAUUCGGGUUACACGUUUUUCAAUGAGACUCAAUUGUUAUUCGUGAUAAAGGAUUUAUUUGCUGCUGGCGUUGACACAACUAAUAACACUAUUGGUUUCGUGAUAGCGUUUCUUGUCGUCCAUCAAGACGUACAAGCUAAAGUAUACGACGAGAUCAGUCGAGUCGUUGGUAAAGACGUUUAUCCGUCUUUGAAUGACAAAGACAGAUUGCCAUAUUUGAGAGCAGUUUUAGCUGAAGUGUCGAGAUUAGCUAAUGUCGGGCCAACGUCUAUACCCCAUCGUGCGAUAGUUGACACAGAUUUACUGGGUUAUGAGAUUAAACGAAAUUACACGCUGUUGGCUAAUUUUAAGAGCGUUCAUAUGAGCAAAGAACAUUGGGGAGAUCCGGAAGUGUUCCGACCGGAAAGGUUCAUCGACGAGAACGGAAAAUUCAUUACCGAUUCUUGGCUAAUGCCCUUCGGAUUAGGGCGAAGAAAAUGUCUAGGCGAGACUUUAGCGAAAAAUACAGUUUUCCUUUUUAUGGCAAGUUUAUUGCAAAGAAUACGUUUCACAUUGCCAUCUGACCAUCCCAAACCUUCUCUUCGAGGCAUUGAAGGAUUUGUUGUCACACCGCCUGUUAUGGAUAUUGUUGCUCUUCAAAGAUAAACCAUUAUGAUAAAAUCUGUUGAACUUUUAAUGCGAUGAAUUAAUGAUAAAUCUAAUUUUCAUUUCAGCAUAUGAUUAGAAAGAGCCUUAAAAAUUUUUCAUAAAAUGUAUGAUUAAUAAUAAUUUCUUAUACAUUACAUUAUAUUACAUUGGAAGAAUAAUUACUUAGUCUGUAAUAUUCGUUUUCUCACCUAUACACCAUUGCAUAAAUCGUAGCUGUAGUUGCCAAAUACGAAAAAGUUCUUGAAAUUCUUUUUGGAGUGGCUGCACAACAC